AUGGCGCUUCUGCAGAACGAAGACUUCGCAGUCUGGUAUCUUCGAACUUCCUUUCUGGCCAACGUCAAAGAUGGUGUUGCUGAACGAUUGAUCGACGUCAACUCCUCCAUUCUGAAUACGGCGGCGUUUCGUGCUGCUGGCUGGUCUGCGGAUCCUGUUCAACGCACUUAUUCUCCGCCCAUACCCACGUCUAUCAGUACCGAGUAUUUCCAGAAUGGAUCGGACCUUCAACUUAUGAACUCGCAGGGUGACGAGGAAGACGAAGGUGGCCUCGUCACUGGCAGGACGAGCAACGAUACUAUAGGUCCGGGCUUCAACAUCAGACGGAGGCGGAAGAAGGAGCACGCCGACGAUGAUGACAGCAGUGAUCUUACGGACGAGUCGGAGGAAGAGGCCGAAGGUGCUCAGCGCGCUGCCCAACAGAUCCGCUUUGCAAAGAUGCCAGCCCGUCACCGCGCUGACUCCUCUCCAAUCAGUGGCAAUGGUCCGGAGAUUGUGACGACCUCGCCUUCCAAGCCUUCAAUAGACAACAGACCUCGCACUGGAUCGCUCGGAGCAGUGGAAGCCGUCAAAGCUCGUGCCCGACGCGACACCACAACCAGCAGUGACUUGUCAUCGGAGAACGAAGUAAAUCCGGCCUAUUUCCAACGUCGUCGACUUCCUCCCGGUCAGACGUCCAAAUCGGCACCACUCCCAAAUCACGGUGCUGCUGGGCUGACUGGGGGGGAUAAUGGAGCAGGGCCGGAGCAAGAUGACUCUGAUGCAGAGUCUGUCGGGUCGGCAAUGUCCUCGGAACUGGGAGACACAAUCGAUUCCACUUCCCUGCUGAAUACCAUGGAAGAGACGAACCUCACCUCUUCGCCCCUAAUCCUAAGCAGCCUUCCACGGUCUACGCCUCGAAUACCUCCUUCAGAUUCUCCAAGAAAGCAGAGGACCUUGCCAGGAUUACAGGAAUUACCUCCUCCGCGGCCAAUCAGCAUGAUAAAACCGAAGAGUUUGCUCUCCGCAGCACUCAACGCCCAAAGAAAGGCCCCAAGCAAUCCGCUGCAGGCCUUUGCUACAUUGUCUGGGAAGGGGUCCCCCAAUCCCCUCUGGAUCAAAAUAUACGCACCCUUUUCCAAAAGUCCUACCAAGUCGUUUGAGAUGCCAUUAGCAAGAACGUCAAAAGAUGACAACCCAGUCACAGUUGCUGAGGCGAUUGGUCUCAGUCUGUGGAGCUAUAUGAAAGAAGGACGAGAACCACCUCUCAGUGAAGGGCAACUCGACGUGAACAAGUGGACCCUGCGAAUGGUAGAGGACGGAGAAGUGGACUACGACUUCCCACCGCUGGUCCGUACACGGCCAGUGACAGAUUUCACAUACAACAAUAACCGUGGCGGCAGAAUGCGGUCCAGAGAACGGCCAUUCGAUGAGUUUGCUCUAGUUGAAGCAUCACCUUCCCAACUAGAAGCCAACAAGAAGGAAACGCCGCAGUACAUACCGACGGCUCAAGAAGAAGGCUUGCCACUUGCGGCUCCAGACCCUCCAGCCCCACAAACACAGCCGUUUACAGUCCAUCGAGGGCCACUGCCGAAGAACAACAUCCUGUUGGCCGGACAGCCUUUCACAUCAGCCUUGAGCAAUGCUUCUUUAACACCGGCGGAUUUGCCUGCACCAGCGGGACCCCAGGCCACACCUCGCAUGGGCAGGACCAAGACCAUCAGGGUGCGCUACUUUGAUAUCGACAUGUCCGCCCAGACGACGACCCUGGAACUUUCCACGGACAGCUACAUUGCCGAAAUCCUCGAUCACGUCUGCAAGCGCUGGAACCUGGAGAAGGCUGGGUUCGUGCUGAAAGUGGCGGGAACAAAUACAGUCGCGCCGUUGGAUCGGACAGUUGAGGCAUUGGGUCCUCGAUCUGACCUGGAGUUGGUGCGAAAACGAUUUGGAGCUGGUGUCACGAGUCUGACCGGCUCACCGGGCAGCUCCUCGCCCAACGCCCCUCUCCUGCUGGACAUCCAGGGCCCAAAGAAGGUCAAGAAAGGUCAACCGAUGCAUCCGUUGGCGCAGAAGCAAGAUCUCAUGUCCAGUGCGAGCAAUUUCAAGAAGUAUUAUGUGACGAGGAAACAACUCGCCCCUUUCGCGCAGGGGAGCCAGCGUGUCCUCGUGUUUGACGGCGACCUCAUCCAUGUCAUGCCUGCCGACAACACCUCGAACGCCAAAUUCAGUUCGAUCGCAUUUGGCGAUAUCAUCCGGUGUAAAGUCAGCACGAAGCACUCCAAGAUUGUCAGAUUGGUUGUUCGUCGAGUUAACGAAUCGAAGCGCUAUGACUUUGAGGCACGCACCGCAGGAGAAGCGCAGGAGAUAGUGGACGAAGUGACACGAGAAAUGAAACUCUCGCGAGCUUGA